AUGGGCCGACGACCUACCGUGGCACUUCCGUCGUUGCUUGUCCUGGCAUGCGCUGUGUCGAGCGCGUGGGCUGGCAAGAAGCCAUUCAGUAUCAAUGAUGAUAUUCUGGCCUACCCCCAGUACCAAGUUCUUUUCCCAGACGAAUACGUUCUAGAAUCACAGGCCGAAGAAUUACUCGAGUCGCAAACCAGUGCCGAAGCCAGUUCAUCCAGCAACGCGAACAAUAACCCUCAGGUUUAUACGAGUCCUAAUCACGCCGAUAAUACUCGCGGGCAUGAUCACAAUGGGCCGACUUAUACCUACGAAGAAAUGAUCCUUGAUGACCGGCGACUUCUCUGCCAAAUUCCUCGCGUGACAACGGAUGAGCAUAAUACAACGGCCGGCAAUUCGGCUGACAGUAAAGCGGAAGAGCAAAAGGAACUAGCACGGGCGACGGACCGUGGCCUGGAGCUUCUUCGAGAGAUGGAGGGCAAAUGCAUGUACUACUUUUCCGGCUGGUGGUCCUACUCUUUCUGCUACCGCAAGCAGAUCAAGCAGUUCCAUGCUCUCCCCGCGGGUCGGGGAAUCCCACACUAUCCGCCGAUUGAAGAUCCCACUACACACUCCUUUAUUUUGGGCCAGUUCUCCGUCGAGACCAGCGACAACAUGAAGCAAGACGAAGAGCCCCAGACUCCCAAUCCCAAUACUGAUAUGGCGGAGCUGCACACAAAAGGCGGAUCGCGGUAUCUAGUGCAGCACUUGCGUGGCGGCACCAAGUGCGACCUCACAGGUCGCGAUCGCAAUGUGGAGGUUCAGUUUCAUUGUCAUCCGCAGUCGACAGACCAUAUCGGUUGGAUUAAGGAGCUGACAACCUGCUCGUAUCUGAUGGUGAUCUACACCCCUCGUUUGUGCGACGAUGUUGCCUUUCUGCCCCCUCAGCAGGACGAAGUGCAUAACAUCGAAUGUCGUGAGGUUCUCAUGCCCGACGAAAUCGCCGAGUGGGAAUCCGUGAAAGAAUGGCACCUCACCCACCAACUCGCUGACGAAGCUGCGGGCCCAGAGGAAACCCCAAUCAUCGGCGGGAUCAAAGUUGGGGGGCAGCAUCUGGUCGGGAUGGAAGGCAAGCAGAUCGAAAAGGGCCGGGUGGCCUCGGCUGGCGAAGAGCGGGUGGAGGUGGUUGCGAAGCGCGAGAACGGCGAAGUGCGACGAAUGUCCAAGCAAAUACUCAAGAAGUAUGACCUGGACCCAGCAAAGGUUGAGGACAUGAAGAAACGACUGGAGGAGAUGGCGGAGGGCAAGGAUUGGACAUUGGAGGUCGUGGAAAACAACGGGGUGGUCAAGUUCCAGGGUAUUGUCGAUUCCGACGAAGAAGAAGAGGAGAAUGCGGAUGCCACUCCCCAGAAGCCGCAAGACGACAAAGCUCCCGAAGACCAGGAUACAACCAAAGCCAAGUCGGAGGCCCCAGCCGACUCAACGGACACAUCCGACCAGGAACCAGGUUCUGAAGAGGGCAGUGAGGAAACCUUUGUCAAAGAUGAGCUCUAA